GUUUUCUCAAAGCACGUCAUGCACUGGCUACCCGUUUCCUAAGCAAAGUCGUAUUUCGAGGACAGACGAUUUUCUAUAGUUCUUUUCUCAAGGAUUUUGAAAUUAUUUAUUUCGCUUGGAGGGUAUAUUUCAAGUAUCAUCGUCUUGAGGAACCAUUUGGCUAGGCAGAUAUGGCGUUAAGAAUAACGGUUGUAUCACUUCUACUAGCGUUGUAUAUUUUCCAAGCCUCGGCUAAGUCGCUGAAACACGAAAAAGCGAGCAAGAAACAAUUUGGUAUGCAGCCACAGAUGGGCGGUGGUUGUGGUGGUGGUUGUCCUCAACAGUGUGCACCAGCAUGUCAACAGUCUUGCUGUGGCGCUCAAGCUCAGGGGCAAGUAAUCACUCAUCUUACGACAGUACACCACCAUCAUGUUCACCAUAUGGCACCAGCUCCUCCUGCCCCACCAGCACCACCAAUGCCGCCACCACCACCACCACAGACCUUCCAUACACAACAACAUGUCUUUGAAUGUGCACAACCACCAUGCCCACCAGCUAUGCCACCACCUGUAGCUGCAGGCGGAUGCGCCCAACCCGCAUGUGGGGGUGGAAUGCCUCCAAUGAUGCCUCCCCCAAUGAUGCCCCCAAUGAUGCCUCAACAACCAUGUGGUGCCCCUCCUUGUGGAAAGUAAUAAUUUAGCGACAGGAUUUUUGAUUCAUUAGAUGGUGGUCAUUCAGCCAACACCUUAUGAACUCAUAACAAAUGCUGGCCAAUAUGUUUUUGAAAAACAAAAGGACAACCGGAAUUAAUAAACUAAUGGUUGCCAUCCAACUUUCAAUAUGCAAAUUCAAGGAUGAAGUUUGUAAUGUACAGAAAUAUCGAGGAUCUGUUUUUAAAAAUCCCUAUAAUCGAUUCCUGCUAUGCGGCAUUAAAGAAAGAGCAUGCUAUAGUUGUUGUUAAACUCUAUCUCUAGUUAUUGAUGUACUUACUUUAUUUACUCAAUAGAGCGUAUGUAGCUCAUGUUAAUAUCGAAAUCUGUUAAUAAAAUUCGAAGCUAAUGAAGUUUUCUUUACUGUA